UAGAAAAUUAAAGUUGUUGUUUUUGGAGACUGAGAAAAGAGGGAGGGACUGAGUUAAGAACCCAAGAAAGGAAGCCGGGCUGAGGGAAAAACAGAAACAAAAGAGAAGUUUUUUCUUUUGGUUUGCCUUGAACCCAAAAACCAAAACCAGAGAAAAUGUUGUUCUUUCACUAGCACUGGCAUUGUUAUUGUUAUCGUGUCAUAAAAAAAAUAUGAGUCUUUUUCUUCUCUUGCUCCUCUUCUUCGACUUGUUUCUUUCUUCUGCUAAUGUUUCUUUGUCCUACGAGCCUCGAAACCAUGAAGUGGAAGCAUUGAUUAGUAUAAAGACAGAAUUGAAUGAUCCACAUGGAGUGUUAAACAACUGGGAUGAAGACUCUGUUGAUCCUUGUAGCUGGGCUAUGAUCACUUGCUCUUCUGAAAAUCUUGUUAUUGGCCUGGGAGCUCCAAGUCAGUCUUUAUCAGGGACUUUGUCUAGGACGAUAGGAAAUCUCACCAAUCUUCGCCAAGUGUUGUUGCAAAACAAUAACAUAUCUGGUGGAAUCCCACCCGAGCUUGGUACUCUUCCAAAGCUGCAGACGUUGGAUCUAUCUAACAAUCGAUUUUGGGGUGCAAUUCCAGGGUCAUUUGGACAGUUAAAUAGUUUGCAAUACCUGAGGCUGAACAACAAUAGCUUGUCUGGGCCUUUUCCUGCGUCUUUAGCAAAAAUCCCUCAACUUGCUUUCUUGGACUUGUCCUAUAACAAUCUCAGUGGAUCUGUACCCAAGUUCCCUGCCAGAACUUUCAAUAUUGUGGGGAAUCCAUUGAUUUGUGGAAGCAGCUCCCCUGAACUCUGCUUUGGAUCACCUAAUGCUGUUCCCCUUUCAGUUUCUCUGGGCUCAUCAAAUGGGGAACAAAAAUCCAAGAAAUUAGCAAUUGCACUUGGAAUCAGCCUCAGCUUUGCCUCUCUCAUACUCCUAACACUUGCACUACUUUGGCAUAGAAAGAAACGGAAAAGGCUAACAAUUCUAAAUAUUACUGACAAACAAGAGAAGGGCCUCAUAAGCCUAGGUAACCUUAGAAACUUCACUUUCAGGGAACUCCAGCUUGCUACAGACAACUUCAGCUCCAAGAACAUACUUGGCACUGGUGGCUUUGGCAAUGUAUACAAGGGAAAGUUAGGAGACGGAGCUCUUGUGGCUGUGAAGCGGCUAAAAGACAUGACAGGAAGUUUUGGGGAGUCACAAUUCCAGACUGAGUUGGAGAUGAUCAGCCUGGCAGUUCACAGGAAUCUGCUCCGUUUAAUUGGAUAUUGUGCUACCUCUAAUGAGAGACUUCUUGUCUACCCUUACAUGUCUAAUGGCAGUGUGGCAUCCAGGCUCAGAGGAAAACCGUCACUAGACUGGAAUGCAAGGAAGAGGAUUGCUAUUGGAGCAGCUAGGGGACUUCUGUAUCUACAUGAACAAUGUGAUCCAAAGAUAAUCCAUAGAGAUGUGAAGGCAGCUAAUAUUCUUCUGGAUGAUUACUGUGAAGCCAUUGUUGGUGACUUUGGCCUUGCAAAGCUCCUUGAUCAUGCUGAUUCCCAUGUCACCACCGCUGUCCGCGGCACUGUUGGGCACAUUGCACCAGAGUACCUCUCAACUGGGCAGUCUUCGGAGAAAACUGAUGUGUUUGGAUUUGGCAUUCUCUUGAUAGAGCUCAUAACUGGAAUGAGAGCUCUUGAGUUUGGUAAAACAGUUAGUCAGAAAGGAGCAAUGCUUGAGUGGGUGAGGCAGAUUCUGCAAGAAAAGAAAGUGGAAGUAUUGGUGGACAGAGAGCUAGGGAGCAACUAUGACAGGAUUGAAGUGGGGGAGAUGCUGCAAGUGGCUUUGCUAUGCACUCAGUACCUUCCAGCCCACCGUCCAAAAAUGUCCGAAGUGGUCCGGAUGCUCGAAGGUGAUGGGCUUGCUGAGAAGUGGGCAGCAUCGCAUAAUCAUAGUAAUCCCACCAUGAACCUCUUUCCUAACAGCUUCAGUAACAAAAGCAUGCCGCGCCCUGCCACUGGAUCGAAACAUGAUGAGAAAAGUCAUGAUCAAUCAAGCAACAUGUUUGGCAAUGGAAUGGAUGAGGAUGAUGAUGAACAUUCUUUGGAUUCCUAUGCCAUGGAACUCUCUGGUCCAAGAUAGAAGAUCAAAAAGGAAAGAGGUGAAAUAUAUAGAGGAUGAAUUCUUUAUUAAUUUUUUUGCAAGUUACCUAAGUUUCAAAGAAGAAAUAGGUGUAGUCUUAACGUUGAAAGACUUUGAUGUUGAGUCUUUGUUGUGUGGGGUUGUAGUGUAAAUAUCCCAUUGCAGCGUUUAUGUUCCUUUUUGUCUUGAAUCCUGUUCUGCCAAAUGUUAAACUGGGAAACGUGCAAGGAGAGAGCACAGUAGGGGUUGUAUAGGGGUUUGAGAUGGGAGAAGAGAGAAACAGCAGCAUCAGAUGCUCUGCUACCGAGUGUGAGACAGAGACUCAAAACACAGAAUGAUUUUGACAGUUUUUACUAAAAAAAAGAAAGAAGAAAAAAAGAAAAGGCAUUGUAUAUGCAGGUUGCAGUAAUUUUGAGCCGUGAAAGUGAAAGGUAAUUGUGAAAGGGGUCAUUUUCUAGAGA